CCAUCACUCAGCAAGCAAGGAGCCAGCACACGAGCAGUCGAGCACUCGCCCCCUUUGAGCACAAGACCCAUCAUCAGCUGCGGCGUCUCUUCUCUCACGGCAACUCAAGCUACUACUGCAGGCAUGGAGGCCACCCAGAACGUGGAGGUCACCGCCCUGGUGCAGAAGAUCGCCGGCCUCCACGCCGCCAUCUCCAAGCUGCCGUCGCUGAGCCCGUCCCCCAAGGUUGACGCGCUCUUCACCGACCUCGUCAUGGCCUGCGUCCCGCCGAGCCCCGUUGACGUGACCAAGCUCGACCCGGAGGCGCAGAGGAUGCGCGAGGAGCUCAUCCGCCUCUGCUCCGACGCCGAGGGCCACCUCGAGGCGCACUACUCCGACAUGCUUGCCGCCUUCGACAACCCGCUCGACCACCUCCGCCGCUUCCCCUACUUCAGCAACUACAUCAACCUGAGCAAGCUGGAGUACGACCUCCUGGUCCGCUACGUCCCCGGCCUCGAGCCUUCCCGGGUCGCCUUCGUCGGGUCAGGCCCCCUGCCCUUCAGCUCGCUCGUGCUCGCCGCGCGCCACCUGCCCAACACGGUGUUCGACAACUACGACCGGUGCGCCGACGCCAACGACCGCGCCCGGAAGCUAGUCCGCGCGGACGCGGACCUGCGCAAGCGAAUGUCCUUCCACACCACCGAUGUCGCCGACCUCACGGACGAGCUCCACAAGUACGACGUGGUCUUCCUGGCCGCGCUCGUCGGCAUGGUGGCCGAGGACAAGGCCAAGAUCGUCGCCCACCUUGGCAGGCACAUGGCCGACGGGGCGGCCCUCGUCGUGCGGAGCGCGCACGGGGCUCGCGGGUUCCUGUACCCCAUCGUCGAUCCCGAGGACAUCCGCCGCGGCGGGUUCGACGUGCUGGCCGUGUACCACCCGGACGACGAGGUGAUCAACUCCGUCAUCAUCGCGCGCAAGGUCGACGCCGACGCGAUCGGGCCUCAGAAUGGACAGGCGCACGCUCGCCGCGCGGUGCCGAUAGUGAGCCCGCCUUGCAAGUGCUGCAAGAUGGAGGCGAGCGCGCUCCAAAAGAGGGAGGAGGUGGCGGCGAAGGAGAUGUCCGUUUGAUGUGGCGCGACGAGGAGCUGCACCAGCUGGUAAUAACAACAUGCUGUUGAUCACUUCAAUUUCGUGUUAUCUCCGUGUGUACUUUUUCUUCUUCUAUGCCAUGCGUUGUGUUAGUGUGCUUUAUUACCUAUAUAUGUGAUGUAUGCCAAUAAUACUUGUGUUUCCGAUGUGGAAGACAUCGAUGAGGAUAAUGUUGCAAGGGAAGGAAUAAUACCACAUGUGUUUGUAAGUGCGCCAUCAAAAAUAAAAAUGAUUUCUCUCCUAACGGAAAUAA